AUGAGUGCCGACCUGAAAGAAGAUGGGGGUCGCAACAUCACUCCCGGUGCCAUCCAGGCUCGUCUCAGCAUCCUCGACAAUCUCUGGGGGAAACUCGAGGCCCAGCACGAGAUGAUUCGAGCAGCGCUAAAGGACAGAUACUUGGAGAGUGAGUACGCUAAGUCUGACUUUAUCGAUUCGGCGGAAUACACUUACGUGUCUCAGCGAAGCACGUUGACCGACUACGCAGAAAGUCUAAGGGCAGAAUCAGUUACCGCGCCCAAAAGCGAGCCAAGGUCGGAGUCUUCGCCAAAAACCGCGUUGCCGCGUAUAAAACUGCCGCCGUUCUCGGGCGCCUAUGAAGACUGGCCUUCAUUUCGGGAUCUCUUCUUGUCUCUCGUGGGAGAAAAUUCGUCGAUCUCAAAUAUUGAGCGGUUCCACUAUCUUCGCUCCUGCGUCAAAGGAUCUGCAGAGAAAUUAAUUAGAUCAUUAACUGUCACAAGCGAGAAUUACGACCGCGCGUGGGCGAUCUUGGCUAAACAUUUUGAAAAUAAAAGGGAACUCAUGCGUUUAAAUUUCUCUACCUUCACUGCCGUCGGAAAGAUGAAGUCUGAGUCCGCUGAAGAGCUGAGUCGCGUCCAUCACGCUGUCACGGCCACCGUCAACGCGCAGGAGAGUAUAGGAAGACCCAUCCACUCGCAUGGGAUGGAUCUCCUCAAUCACCUAGUGAUUGAGUUGUUCGACUCGCGAACACGUCUCGAGUGGGAAUCUUCCACGAGCGAUUCCCUCGACCCGCCAACUCACGAGGCUCUCGUAAACUUCAUGAGCAAAAGAAUCCUUACCUUAAACGCCGCUAAACCGAAGAACGCCACGAAGAACGCUAGGGAAACCUCACGGUCCGCUAAGUCUCACUUCGUGAGGAACGGGUUCGACGCUUCCAAGUGCGCCGCGUGCAAGGGCAAGCACACACUCAUGCAGUGCCCUGAGUUCAAGGCCAAGUCCGCGAGCGAAAGAAAGUCAUUCGUCGACACAAGCGGGCUCUGUUUUAAUUGCCUCGGAAAUCACGUGAUGGCGAAAUGUCAGUCCGUCAAAACGUGCUUUACUUGCAAAUCGCGGCACCACACAUUGUUGCAUGACGCGUACGCGACACCAACAUCGACACAAGAGGCAAGCACUUUUUCAACCACACACACUGCACACGAUCACAAGGCGACUCUCCUCGCCACGGCGCGCGUCAUCCUCAACGACCGCUCGGGACAACCUCACGACGUGCGAGCUCUGCUCGAUCAAGGAUCCGAGGUGUCUCUCGUCUCAGAAGAUUUAGCUCAGCGCCUGCGGUUGGCGCGCACUCGCUGCUCAAUGUCGGUAAUUGGUGUUGGAGCACGGUCAGGAUCCACCCGCGGAAGGAUCACGCUCGCAUUAAAGUCAAAGGCGACUGGAGCACCUCUCACUGUAGUCGCCUACGUCCUUCCAAGAUUGUCUUCCUACCAGGGGCCAGCAGUUCGGGGCUCCACCACGUGGAGGCACAUUCACGGCCUCACUUUGGCGGAUCCACACUAUCUGCAGCGAGACCCGAUUCAUCUUCUCCUCGGCGCCGAUGUCUUUUCCUCCAUCCUUCUCGAUGGACUCCGAAAGGGCCGCGAGGACCAACCCGUCGCGCAGAGGACGACAUUCGGGUGGAUCUUGUCAGGAGGCUGCGGAGUGGUGACAUCUAAUGGCGUCGUCAGCUCCCUCCAGUGUGCUCUCGACCAAGACCUGAACGAUCUGGUUCUAAGAUUUUGGGAGCAAGAACGGGAACAGCCUGCUUCCGUCGCCCUCACACCAGAUGAAGAACGAUGCGAAGAAAUCUUCAGUCGCACUCACGAGCGCCAAGAAGACGGGAGGUACCAGGUACGACUGCCGCUGGCUGGCUCUCUGCCACCUCUCACCCAUACACGAAAAUCCGCCGAGCGACUUUUCGCGGCAAUGGAGCGACGUCGUUCCAGAGACGAUGACUUCGACAUGCUCUACUGCGACUUCCUAGAAGAAUAUGCAAGAUUGAAGCACAUGACUUUGGUCAAUACACCGCUUGUGAGCAAUACACCAGUAUGCUACUUACCGCAUCACGGCGUACUCCGAACUGCGAGCACAACCACCAGAUUAAGGGUUGUCUUCAACGGAUCUCAAUGCACGCCUGCCGGAGACUCCCUUAAUAAGAGUUUGCUGGUCGGAGCUAACCUUCUGCCAACUCUCGCUGAUGUCCUGCUUCGCUGGCGUUGGCACCGUUUCGUCUUCGUCGCUGACAUCGAGAAGAUGUACAGGCAGAUUCUCGUGCACCCCGAAGACCGAGACUUGCAGCGGAUCCUGUGGAGACGGCAAGGCACCGACAACAUCCAGGAAUAUCGGCUCAACACCGUGACGUACGGAUUGGCCUGUGCUCCUUUCCUGGCGAUCAGAACUCUUCGCCAAUUAGCCGACGACGAAGAGCCCGGAAAUCCCAAGGGAGCUGUCGUUUUGCGGCGCGACUGCUACGUUGAUGACAUCGUCACCGGCGCCAGUACUCUGUUCGAGGCAGUCGAAACGCAGAGGCAGUUACGCCGGCUCUGCAUGGCGGGCGGGUUCCCCUUGAGGAAGUGA